GUCUGUUGUGCGACAAACACUUACUGGAAUUGCGGCUUUUGCUUCUCAUUAUCACUAUCACUCUCUUCGUCCGGAUCGGCUGCUCGUGGCUGCAAUUUACACGGCGAUGGCUCAUGUUUGUAGUCAUUUGACUGGCUAUCGGUUGGUUGCGACUGGAAAUUUAAGUAAAUCAACGAUUUCAUCAAUUAAUAAUUCGAAACAAGUUCCCUUUUUUAGUGAUUUAAAUUCGAUUUUAAAACUUGAACGUACUUUACGCAGCUCAGUUGUCCACUAAAUGCGUGCAUAAACUCAAAUGUUGUUUCAUUUCUUUUCGAGUUCAAUUACCUGCAUCUUUUCAUUCAAUAAACAGGCCAACGAAAUGAUACUUUUUCAGGCAACAGAGCGAUCGACAAACGACGUUUUGUACGGAAGAAUGACCUAUUUUGUUUUUGAUGGACCAAAAAUCUAAUUAAAAUUUAUUAUAUUCAUUGGAAAAAUGUCACUGUGAAAUUAUCAAAAAAAUGUAUCAUCAGAAAAAAAUUGAACGCAACAAUCUAUCAUAACCUCAAUUUGACCAACUUACAAUUAUGAUAAAUCGGAUCAGAGUUUGGUCUGCCAAUGUUGGAUGAAACUCUCUCUGGAAAUAGGUCUAUACUCGCCGAAUGUUCUCACCAAAAGAACGUAUUUCACCGACAAAAUGGCUGACAUACUUUGAGAAAAUUCGCACAAGUCAAGUGUAUGUGUUUCAUAAUCAUGGCAUCACUGUACGAGCGCAACACCAAUUAAGCGGCGCAGUAGCGUGAGAGAGAGAGAUGCAGCUAUGACGCGCAUAAAUAAAUCGUCGCUGACAACAGACAAUUUGCAUACACACACAGUAGUCAGUGUGACAAUCAAGCCAGCCAGCAAGCCAAACAAACCAAUCACAAACAAGCAAAAAAACAAUACCAAUACAUUCAGAGAGUGGCCGUAUAAAGUCGACCAGUCGCAUUGUAUACAUUUUGUAUUCGUGCAUGUGAAUAAUCCGAAAAUUCAAUACGAAACGAUUAAACGCAUUCUUUCUCUCGUCAGCAGUUCUUCUAGAGAAUAUGCGCACAUCGCAUAUUUUGCUGUGAUUAACAUUUUUUUUCGCUUGCCUCAUUGAUUGUUGCAUCGUUUCGUUUUAUUUUUAAAUCAAUAAUUUGCUGCUCGGUUUGCAUGAUCGAAAUUUGAAUCCACUUGUGCACACAAAACAAUAAAAAAAAAGCAUGAAAACCAGAAGAGGAAAAAAACCUGCAACGCAAGUUAGUCAGCGUGCACCGAAAAUUGAAACACAAGACGAUGAUGUGUUCGAAGAUGUAGGUCGUCUACCGAAACUACGACCAAAAUUGAAAACGGUGAAAAAAGAGCAGCCGCCAUCACAAACGAAAACCACCUGUCAAGUCACACGUAGCAGAGCUGCUCGCAAUAAACCACUCGCACUUAUAACAAACCGUAAGUCUGACAACACGAAAAAACACGUGGAUAAAAAUUGUAACAUGUCAUCGCAAAAUUCAUUGGAAAGUAAUGCCGAAACGGUCAAUUUAAUCGAAUCAGAGGGUGAAGAUAUUGAUUUGGAUUUGACGCCAAAGCGGAAAAAUGGAUCGAAUUCGAAUGAGGACAAUACGAAUCCGGCCAAACGCAAGAAGCCAAAUGUGUUUAUUGACAUCACUGACGAUGAAGAUGACGAUGACGAUGACGAUGAAGCUGUGACAGAGGCCAGCAACGCGAACGAACAAACACACGGUGAUUCAAGUGGUCUACAGUACGAUGAGACUGCGUCAAAUAAAUCCAACGAUGAGGUUGUUUCGAUCGGUGCAACCAUUUCGGAAACUGGCGAUGAACUUGAAAUCGAAGCUGAAAUCGAACUCGAACCGACAAUGACCGAAGUACAUGAACCCACCGAGCCGUAUGUAUCGCCAGAUGAGCCGAAUGAACGGGAAACAGAUGAAUCCGAACCGAAUGAACGGGAGUCGAAUGAACGGGAGCCGAAUGAGCCCAAAGAAGCUGAAUUGGAACCAGCUGAAAUCACCAACGAACCGACCGAAAGUUCAAACGAACCCCAAGAAAAUUCCGAUGAUGAAAAUGAACAAGAUCAAGAAAAUGGUGACGAUGAUGAUUACAUCAUGAUGGAAUUGAAUCCAGAAGAUACUGAUAUGUUUGAAGGCGUCGAAGAGGAUGAAGCAUCUUCAAGCAGUCCAGCAUUGCGACCGAAACAAACGACCAAAAUGUCAAUUCCGCGUUGGAAGCAAGCGGCUGUGACGGAAACUCCACCGCAAAAACCGAAAAUUGUUCACACAGUCAACAGAACCAUUACCAUGAAUGGUGAAGGUGAUGCUCCGGCCAAAGAACCCGCGUCAUUGGCACGAGCACCUUCAUCAACACUCACCAUAUCGAAAACAUCGGGUGAGCUAGGCCGACAGCCCAGAGUGCUGUUCAAAAUACCACACGUACCGAAGACAACAAACAGCGCGACAAAUGCCGUUGCUUCGAAUGCUGUAAGUCGUGAUCCAAGAAUGUCCAAAGAUGCUGUGCCAAGCACUGCUGCAGCACCGCCGACAAUGACGACGGCGACGACGACGACAGCGGCAAGAGUUCAGAACCACAUCGGAACGUCACGCGCUGCACCUUUGGCCAAUAAUACAGGCGGUCAACGUGUAUCGGUCAAAGAAAGAUUGGGCAAUAAAUACGCUGUCAAGUCGGGCAGCUCUUUUAUAAUACCCAACGAUACGUCGGCUCCGAACAGUGUGCCAGCAUCCACAGCUGCACCAGCUCAAAACCAACAGCCAAAACUGCCGGGUCUAUACAGAAACACUUUUCGGUCCAUGCAAGCGGCGGCCCAUACUCAACAAACUCCACGGAACAUUCAGAAGCCACAUCCCGAUAUGUCUGCAGUCGUUCGCGAAGCUUUGGAAAGCAAACUGAACGCGGGCGAACUGAAAAUGCCAGAAUUUGCGGCGGGCUUACAGAAAUAUGAGCCAUUGUUUUUCCGUUUGUUCGAGCGCACAUGCCGGGUAUUCAUUCAAGACGAUUGCAAUUCAACCGAAUGCCAAUUUGAGCAUAAAUUGCCGGAUCUGGAUAUCUUUCGUAAAACGCUCGACAAAAUCGGCCCAAAGCGUGUGAUGGAAUUUUACGAUGAAUUCAUAUGUCGUAGUCAGAAGCUGUUUGAUUACUAUCUGGCGGAAUUUUCGAAAUUCUUCGGAAAACAUUCAAUGACAGCUAAACUUACACAAAUGGUCGAAGAUUGCAUUGAACGCAAGGUGCAAUUCCACUUUAUGAAAAUCGUCGAAGGAUUCAUGCUAACCGGUAAACCAUUUUCGAAAGCUCUCACCGAUGUCGUUCAAGCGAUCACCAGUCGUACAAUGAAAACACAAAAUGAACUCAUCAAAUUGGUGUUGCACACACGCAACGAUUCGAUUCGACCGUUUGUCGAUUUCCUCGACGUGGUGUCCAAGCAGGAAAAGUUCAAGUUCUCCGCCGAAUGGGUUAAUCGCAUGAUGUUCAUUCAACGUGAAAUAAAAUUAAAAGAGCUCAGCCAUGUCAUUUGGCGCAUUAUUAGCGAAAACAUCGGCAACAUGGACAAAUAUGACAACGACUUGGUGACCAAAUUCAUGGAUGAUUACGCACGCGGCCCAUAAAUUUUAAUUGAAACACUUGCAUACGAAAAUAUGCCACAAAUAUUCAUAUUUCUUUUUCGCUCAUCACAAACUGGUACUCUUGAUGAAUACCAACCUUUUUUUUAAACAUACAACAUUCACCAAACCAUUAGAAUGGUUAUAAAUCUUGAAUAGAAAAAAGAAUAAUCCCUCAUUAUGAUCUGAAAAUGUCACUUUUUCAAUCUGCAAAAUUUAUCAAUAAAAAUUUGAACUGAAAAGAAAGAAAA